AUGUCCAAUUUUCAGCUACCUCAAGGAUUCAAACCAGCUUCAGGCGGACCAAGCGGAGGGAACAAUGGACCAUCCCCUGAGGAGAGAGAGGCAGCAGAAGCUAGGGCGAGACAGGCAGAGGAAAUGAAGAGGACCAUGAUUGCUGCAAUGUUGGAACCCGCUGCUAGGGAGCGAUUAUCUCGAAUAUCCCUUACUCGACCACAACUGGCAGCGCAAGUGGAAGAUUUACUGGUAAGGAUGGGGCAGCAAGGUCAGAUUAGAGGUCAAGUGACGGAUGAAGCUUUGAAAGGGUUAUUGGAACAGGUAUCUAAUCCACCUCCCAGUAAGAAUACAACACCAGCUGUAUCCGCUGGAGGAAGGACAAAAUCGCUAGGUGGUGGUAUAACUAUCCAACGUAAACGAGACGAUUCAGAUUCGGACGAAUACGAUUUAUAG